ACCGCGCGGUUCUGCGCAGGCGUAGAUUGCAAGAGGGCGGUGGGGGUGAGGGAGCGGGCGGGGACCAUGGCGGUGGCGCGGCCCGGUGGGUUCGAGGCGGCCGAGCAGCAGCAGGAGGUGCUGUCCCGGCAGCAGGAGCGGCACUACCGGCUGCUGGCCGAGUUGCAGGCACUUGUCAAGGCGCUGCCCAGCGCCUGCCAGCAGCGCCUCUCGUACACGACGUUGUCCGAGCUGGCGCUGGCGCUGCUGGACGGGACCGUGUUCGAGAUCGUGCAGGGGCUGCUGGAGAUCCAGCACCUCACCGAGAAGAACCUGUACAGCCAGCGGCGGCAGCUGCACAGCGAGCACCGCGGGCUGAAGCAGGAGCUGUUCCAUCGGCACAAGGAGGCCCAGCAGUGCUGCAGGCCCCACAAUUUGCCACUGCUCCGUGCAGCCCAGCAGCGCGAGAUGGAGGCUAUGGAGCAACAGAUCCGAGAGGAACAGCGCAUGAUGGAUGAGAAGAUAGUCUUGGAAUUGGACCAAAAAGUAAUCGACCAGCAGAGCACCCUGGAGAAGGCCGGGGUGUCUGGCUUCUACAUCACCACCAACCCCCAGGAGCUGACUCUACAGAUGAAUUUGCUGGAGCUGAUUCGGAAACUGCAGCAGAAGGAAGCUGAGGCUGAGAAGACUUUUUCCUGAAAGAGCAAAUCUGCUGUUCACUUCCCAGUUUUUUCUCUGAGUUCCCUCUAAACAACAGACUGUCCAUGCAUUUGCUUUGUAUUGUGUCAGGAAGAGGCUACAGGAGUCGAAGACAUUGCUGAGACACUUAGAUUAGAGCUAGGGCAGGCAGAGCCCAUCACGGGAUGGUUGGGAGCCUGGGGAUGGCUCUCAGAUCCCCAGGAUCUCGGGAUCCUCAGAGCAGUGUCAGCUGCAUCUGGCUCAGCUGGGAGCUGGUGGAGCAUGGUCACCUGUCAGGACUGUCCUGCAGUGAUGCUGAGGCCAUCACUGAGCCAAGGCUGGGCUGAGCACUGAGCACACAGAACUCCGCUCUGUGAGGGUGACCCUGUGCUUAGAUGCUAUAACUGGGACAGGGGAAACAAUUACAAGGAUGUUUCUGUGUGUUAAGGCAGAAACAACCUCUUAGACAGGCAGACCCUUCCCAGUCUCCUCCAGGCCGUACCAGCAUUAUCUGUAUUUGUUUACAGAUAAACAAAAUACAGCCAGCAUUGUCUGUAUUAAAGGAGGAUUUCAGGCCUUGGCCUAGAGUUACUGAACUGGUGCUUGCAGUGUUCCCACUGACUCAGAAAGCAGAGCUUUUGCUUUGUUCUUUUAAACCAGUUUCCAAAUUAAGAGAAAUAAAACACUUUCCUUUUGGGGCUGCA